AUGGCGACAUCAGGAAUGCCACGAACCCUGUCAACGGGAAAACUGGAGAAAGCAAUGGCCGGAAUCGAGCUUGAUAAAGAAGAAAUCGUUGAGAUGGACGGCGGCCGAACGGCUCGAAAUGAGGGACGCUUCGUCUUUGAGUGUGCCUGGGAAGUGGCGAACAAAGUUGGAGGAAUCUACACGGUCAUCCGCUCAAAAGCACCAAUCAGUGUCGAGGAGUUGGGCGACCAGUAUUGCCUACUCGGACCACAAAAAGAGGAACGAUGGAGGCUCGAAGUUGAACCAAUAGAGCCCGAAAACCGAACGAUUCGAGAAGCAAUUAAAAAGAUGCAAAUGGAUGGAUUCAGGUGUACCUAUGGUCGAUGGCUAAUUGAGAGUUACCCGAAAGUGAUUCUCUUCGAUUUGGGAAGCGGCGCUCUGAAGAUGAAUGAGUGGAAACAGGAACUAUUUGAGAAAACAAAAAUCGGAAUUCCCCACGAAGAUACGGAGAGCAACGAUGCUGUUAUUCUCGGCUUCAUGGUGGCAAUUUUCCUUCGGCAUUUCCGAGAAUCAAUUCAAGGAUAUCAACCACUCGUCAUUGGACACUUUCACGAAUGGCAAGCAGGAGUUGGCCUAUUGAUGACACGGAUGUGGCACGUUGACGUCGCGACCGUUUACACAACACAUGCUACCCUUCUUGGAAGACAUCUUUGUGCUGGUGGAAACGAUCUUUACAACAAUUUAACAAAAUUCGACUUGGAUGCCGAAGCUGGAAAGCGAAAUAUUUACCAUCAAUAUUGUCUGGAAAGAUCGGCCGCUUACAGCGCACAAAUUUUCACAACAGUAUCGGAUAUUACUGGACUUGAAGCCGAGUAUUUGUUGAAGCGUAAACCCGAUAUCAUCACUCCAAAUGGGCUAAAUGUUGUGAAGUUUGCUGCUCUUCACGAGUUCCAGAACUUACACGCAGUUGCAAAGGAGAAGAUUAACAAUUUUAUCCGUGGACAUUUUCACGGACACUUGGACUUCGAUCUGGAUAAAUGUCUCUAUUUCUUCACUGCUGGAAGAUACGAGUUUUCCAACAAAGGUGGUGAUAUGUUUAUUGAAUCUCUUGCUCGUCUCAAUCACUACUUGAAGACAACAACGGAUCCACGUUAUGAAGGAGUUACAGUGGUCGCCUUUGUAAUUUAUCCAGCUCCCUCUAACAACUUCAACGUCGAGUCUUUGAAGGGUCAAGCCGUUACAAAACAACUACGGGAGGCUAUCGACAAGAUCAAGGAAUCGAUGGCUUCCCGGAUGUAUGAGACUUGCUUGAGAGGCAAUCUUCCAAAUGCCGAAGAGUUCUUGUUACCCAAUGAAAAGAUCAUGUUGAAACGGUGUAUUGUGGCAGCACAAAAGCGUGAACUUCCACCCAUUUGCACCCACAAUAUGCUCAACCCACAAGAUCAGGUGCUGGGGGCUCUCCGUCGAUGUCAAUUAAUCAACCAACGACACGAUAGAGUGAAGGUUAUUUUCCAUCCAGAAUUUCUUUCAUCAGUUUCUCCGCUAAUCGGUCUUGAUUAUGAAGACUUUGUGCGUGGAUGUCAUUUGGGUGUCUUCCCCUCUUAUUACGAACCUUGGGGCUACACACCAGCUGAAUGCACUGUCAUGGGAAUCCCUUCAGUAACGACCAACUUGUCUGGAUUUGGAUGCUUCAUUGAAGAACAUAUCAAGAUGCACUGGGAAAAGGGACUGUACGUCGUUGACAGACGAAACCAAGGCACUGAGGAUGCGAUUCAUCAACUUGCGCAAAUUAUGUACGAGUUCUGUGGGCUGUCUCGGAGACAACGCAUCAUUUUAAGAAAUGCUUGUGAACGGGUCUCCGAGGUACUGGAUUGGAAGAAGCUGGGAGUCUUCUAUCAAAAUGCUCGGCGAAUGGCUCUUGAAAAGCUUCAUCCCAACAUUGAUGAUAUUAUUGCUGCAAAUGAGGGCAAGGUGCCAUCAGCGGCUGCAUCUCGUCGUGGAUCGGUGCAUGGCUCUUCAGACGAGGAAGAGGAA